AUGUCCUUGCUUGGGCAGCUCACACCUCAGCAAUGGCAAAAUGCUCCGGCAUCGCCUCCCCCACCAGGGGUUUUGUCCAACUUUGUUGAUCCGCCUAGCCAUAAACCUGAAAUCAUUGCAUUGGAAGGGGUCUUCCUCUCUCUCAUGUUGAUGGCAGUGGCCGUUCGCAUUUUUGUGCGAUUGCGAGUUAUCAAGAUGUGGGGAUGGGAUGACUACACGUGCAUAAUUGCAGCGGUCGGAGCUCUGGUGCACAUGACCGUUUACAUACAGAUGUUCAAGGUGGGAUUCGGACGCCAUUUAUGGGACAUACCAGCAGCACAAUUGUUCAGCACACGUAAUAGACGGAUUCUCUCUGCCAAUACUAUUGUCUACUCAUUUACCAUCGGCUUCGCCAAACUUUCCAUUCUUCUGCUAUACCUCCGCCUUUUCAAAGUCGAUCGUGGACUUCGUUUGGCCAUAUGUUUUGGGAUCGCAGUCAUAGCUAUGUAUUACACAGCUAUCGGUGGUGCCGCCAUCGCUUCGAUCGUGAAAUGUGUGGGAUUCGGCCGGCGCUCGGCAGGAUUCUGCGAUUACUCUGCGAAGCCGGUGGUAGUCAUGAGCACUGUCAUGAAUGUCGUCACAGACUUCUAUAUCCUUGCCCUGCCACUACCCUGCGUAAUGAGGUUGAAGCUCAGUCUCAGGCGCAGAAUUGGCGUGCUGAUUGUCUUCGGUUGCGGUAUUGUGACUUGCGCAGCGAGUUUGACGCGAAUGAUUGUCUUCUUCGUCCAUUACGCCGACCCCGACGUCCUUUGGAUGCACGGUCGGAACGCCCAGUUCAUUGUUGUUGAGAUUAACACCGCCAUCAUAGUCGGUUGCGCCUCCUGCUUUCCACCGUUCUUCGCCCAGACGAGGAUUAUGGGCUCAGCCAUUUACCACUUCCUCCGUUCCCAUAUCGGGCCCAACUCACACGGCUCCACCGCAUCCUAUAUAUCCUCGAAGAAGCACCCGUCUAAGGCCAGCAUAAAGACGUCCAGGAACGACUCAUGCCACGAUAGCAGGACGGAUUUGAAGCCGGGUGGAUUUCAUGAAUUAAGAGACAUUGGUCCUGCUAAUGGUUUGGCGCAUGUCCAGGCCGAUUCGCCUACGGAAGUGGGGAAGAGAAGUGAGCGGAGCUUGGUGUAA